AAUUGACAUUAAGCCUUGCAAUAACCCUGUUCAUUAAAUGUCUGAAGAUAAUACAAUUAAAACAGCUGAAAAAUUAGAUAUCCAACAUGUGGAGUCGAAUAAUUUAGAUUAUGAUGCUCAAAAGUUACAAGAUCUAGGUUACAAGCAGGAAUUCAAGCGAGAAACAAGUCUUUUUGUUCAAGCAGGAUUUGCAUUUACUACAAUGGGUGUUCUUCCAAAUUGGUUAGUGGGCUUCGGUCCUAGUAUCAGUGCUGGUGGACCUAGUUCCCUCUUUUGGGGAUGGGUCGUGGUGGCUCCCUUUGUUUGUUGUAUCGCUCUUAGUAUGGCAGAAAUCAUCUCUGUCUAUCCUUUGGAGGGUGGCGUUUUCAGUUGGUCAUUAUUACUGAGUAAUAAAAAAUGGGGUCCUUUCAUGUCGUAUAUUAACGGCUAUAUUUACCUUACUGGUUUGAUUACCGCCAAUAUUACACUGGCAUACAGUGCUGCCGAUUUCAUUAUAUACACUGCAAAUACACUAAAUAUCAGUCAAAUCUCAUCCACAGGUGCUAAUGUCGGAUUAUACAUUGGAAUUUUUAUUGCAGCAACAGCAUUUAAUUUCUUGGGUAUGAGAUCCAGUGGUAAUAUGAACAAGUUUUUAGUUUUCUGGGUUGCUAUUGGCACUAUUGUCAUCUUAUGUGUUGUACCUGCUAUGGCACCUACACACAACACUGCUAAAUGGGUCUUUACUGAGUUUACUAAUAACACAGGAUACGAAAAUCUCGGAUUAGUGUUCUUUAUCGGCAUGCUUCAAGCAGGUUGGACUUUGGUCGGUUACGAAACUGGUGCCCAAAUUGUGGAGGGUGCUAAAAGAGCAGAUGUGACAGCUCCUCGUGGUAUUAUUAUUUGCGUUGCAUUUGCUGUUAUUCAAGGAUUUGUGAUUAUUCUUGUGACGUUAUUUUCUAUUCAAGAUGUACAAGAGCUUAUGACUUCUGAUAUGCCUCUCUCCACAUUCUUUGUCCGUGCUACCAACAGUCCUCAAUUGACAGCAUUUUUCUUGGUGAUUUUGUUAGUUGCUCAACUCGGAUCCCUUUGUAACUCCAUGUUAGCCACGGGUCAUUUUGCUUUUGCUUUGGCUCGUGAUGGAUGUCUUCCUUACUCCAAGUACUUUUCAAAGUUAUCUGAAAAAGAACAUAUUCCUCAAAGAGCUUUGAUUGCCCAACUUGUUAUCAGUAUCUUGGUUAUUUUACCCACAUUUGGAUCUAUUAUUUACUGGCAUGCUAUUAUGAGUACAGCCGUGAUUGCAAUCAAUGUGUCGUAUGGUAUGCCAUUUUUAUGUCGACUUAUUUGGGUGAGAAACGAUAUGCCCAAGGGACCCUUUAAUCUGGGUAAAUUUGGUAUUCCUCUCAAUAUUAUUUCGGUUGUCUGGAUCAUAUUCUUUAGUGUGGUUCUUUGUAUUCCUUCUGUAUCACCUGUGUCUCCCGAAUCCAUGAAUUGGUCUUCCAUCAUGCUUGGCGGCGUCAUGAUCUUUUCGUUAAUCUUUUGGUUUGUCUCUGGUAGAAAAAAUCAUAGAGGUUUCCUAGACGAUGCUGACGAAAAAGAGUAAUUUGUUCCCCUCUAUUCUCACUUGUAAAAAAAAAA